CCAUUCAAAAGCCACCAGGAGUUGAUCGAAUCGGUCAGUCGUUUGGCGCACGUUUAAUCGAGACAAGUGCAACGGAAAUGUCGGCCGCGGGACAGAAUUUGAGGGCUUUCCACGUUCUGGACAACGACGUUCAGUUGGAGGAUGUGAUUCGGGAUAUUAUGUCAUCGGAAGGGAGCGAGAAUCCGUUUCACCUUCUGGAUUUGGAUGAUUUGGUGCGCAAGCAUUUGAAUUGGUUGAGUCGGAUGCCACGCGUGAGUCCGUUUUAUGCGGUCAAGUGCAACGAUGAUGAAGCCAUUUUGAAGACGUUGGCAACCCUUGGGACUGGAUUCGAUUGUGCCUCGAAGGCCGAACUGGAGCAAAUCCUUAAGCUAGGAGUUGAACCGGAUCGGAUUAUUUUCGCUCAUCCGAUCAAAUCGAGGGAAUCUUUGAUCUACGCCCGGGAAAAUGGAGUCCAGAAAAUGACUUUCGACAAUGAGGAAGAGCUGGAAAAGGUGAAGAAAUACUAUCCGGAAGCCAAACUGGUGCUGAGAAUCCGCCACGAUUCGGAAAAUGUUUUGAUUUGUUUGGGGAAAAAAUUUGGCUGUGACCCUUUCGGUGAUGGACUUGAGUUGAUCCAGAAAGCCAAGGAAAUGGACCUAAAUGUAAUCGGAAUCAGUUUUCACGUGGGUUGUGGAGCUUUGGAUGCUGAAUGCUUCUACAAGGCGAUUGGAAUUGCUCGAUCCCUGUUUGAGUUUGCCAAGGGUGUGGGCUACGAUUUUUCCUUCCUGGAUAUCGGAGGUGGAUUUCCGGGAGACAAGCAAAAGCCUAUCGAUGGCUUUGCUACCGCGAUCAAUCGAGCGCUGAACGAAUAUUUUCCGGAAGAACUCGGAGUUCAUAUCAUUGCGGAACCCGGACGUUACUACGUGGGAUCAGCAGUUUAUGCACUGACUACAAUCCAUGGAAAAAAGCUCAUCAGAGAUCCCACCGAUCGCUCGCAAAUCUCCCACGUUAUGUACUACCUCAAUGACGGAGUUUUUGGAAGCCUCUUCGAUUGGAUCAGCCUUAGAGCCUUGCAGGACGUGGAUCGUGUGGUUCCGGCUCUGGUCGAGGUUAAAUCAACUCAACGAAUUCUCAAAACUACCAUUUGGGGUCCCACCUGCGAUUCGACGGAUAUCAUCUGUGAAAAUGUUGACUUUCCGGAGCAUUUCAUCGGGGAUUUUGUCCUUUUCGAGAAUAUCGGGGCCUACGGAAGCACUCUGUCUACCAGUUUCAACGGGUUUCCGCUGCCCAGUAUAAGAGUUUUCGUUCGGAAGGAUACAUGGAAAACGUUGGCCGAUUUGGACGCGCUUAAAUCGGAAUCGAAAUCUCUUGCUCUGUUGCAAAAACUGUUUCAAUAAAUGGCAAACAAAAUAA